AUGUUAUCUGUAUGGGAUGAUCCAAAGCUGGAGGCCGGCGAAGAGAUCUCGCCAGAACUCUUUACAGCAAUUCAGCAGUCAUGGUGUUCGGUAAUCGUUUUUUCACAAACUUAUGCCUUUUCAAGUUGGUGCUUGGAGGAGCUUGCUGAGAUUGUUAAACAACAUAACAACGACGGCCAUAAAGUGUUUCCAAUUUUUUACGAUGUUGAUCCAUCUGAUUUAAGAAGACAAAAAGAGAAAGUGGAAGAAGCCUUCGCUAAACAUGAAAAGAGAUACAGAGAAGAUAGUGAGAAGAUCCAAAGGUGGCGAAAUGCUUUAAUUCAAGUGGCUGGAAUCAAGGGAUGGCAUUUAAAUAACAGGUAA